GACGAUGAAAUGGCCCGUGGAUGAGUGAAACAAGUCGCAGUGGGUGGCGUGGCCGGGGUAGAUUGUUGUGACCCCGGCCCGUUGAAGUGCACCUUGGGAGACGAGGUUAGUGCGAAGGGAGGGGACAUGGAAGCCAGUUACUGAACCUGAGGGGAAGAGGGGGCAGGGAAGGGUGGAGGACUGUGACACUGGCGCCGCUGUCAAUGACAAACUCAAUGGAAGGAGGGGUGGGGUGAGACACGGAGUACUGGAAGGAGGUUUCAUUAAUAGACUCGGGAUACAUUGGAGGAAUAGCAGGAGAGGCAUGGCUAACAUGGUUGAUGAAGCCAGGUGAGGGAAAUGGGGUAAAGCCAGGAGGUCCGGUGGGGGCCUGCGCAGGAGGAGCAGGAGCAGACAGGCCAGAGCUCCAGGCGGAGGGAGGGGAGGGCUGCUGCUGAGACUGCUGGUGCUGCUGAGACUGUUGCAGCUGCUGGAGGAGCUGCUGCAGGAGCUGCUGCGGCUGCUGCUGGGACUGAUGCGGAUGCUGGUUCUGCUGCGGCUGCUGGUUCUGCUGCGGCUGCUGAGUCUGCUGCGGCUGUGGGGAUGGAAGGAGGGGCGUGACCUGCUGGAGGAUUUGUGGAGGGAGGUGCUGUGCAAGGAUGUGGUGGAGAGAGGUUGAGGAGGGCUGAUAGGCGGGGAGGGUACGAACAUCAAAGGGAGUGGGAGGUGGAGUGAUAGCGGACCAGCGAGGGGGCGUGCCCGUGUUGCCUCGAUCAAGCCACUCAUCAGUGAGGGCCUUGAAACAUGUGGUGGUGGCAUGGGUGGUUUGGAGGCAGCGCUUACCCUUGUUGGGGCCGUUGCGGAUGAGAUACUGACACGGGGAGAAGCCGCCGGUGCUGUUGGAACCACUGCUACCCCCGCGUCCUCCACUGCGCCCCCCGCCACGUCCACCACCCGAUCGUCCCGCCGAAGUACCGCCACGGCCAGCACCACGUCCUCCUUUUGCUUGGGCAGCAUGAGCCGUUGGAGGAGACUGGCGGAGGAGCUCCGCUUCAGUUUUCAGAAUCCAUGCGGCUACAUAGGCGGAGUCGGGUGGGAAGCUGGCGUGGACCUCAUUGAACGCCACGCGACGGGCCUCAUACAAGGGGGUGAGGCCGUCGAGGAGGCGGCAAACGAUGAGGGAGUCGGGAAGGGGAGAGCGACGAUCGGCAAGGCGUUUGGCAGUGGUGAGGAGGCGGCGCGUGAAGGAGAGGGCGUUGGGGCAGGAGUCAAGGUUGAUGUCGAGGAAGGCGCGGUGGAGCGCUAGGAGAGAGUUGGUGUCCUGGAGGUCAUAGGUGGCACAUAGCUCUUUCCAGAACUCGGGAGCGGAGGAGGGGGUAAUUUCGCGUUUGAGGGAGGAAGGAACGCAUGCAGACAGGAUAGCGAGACAUUUGCGGUUGGCAACGUUCCAGGCAGAGUGGCGACGACGGUACUCACGAAAGUCGUCAGCAUACUUAGCCGUGGCGUCCUUGUGCUGUUGGAGGAGUGUGUUGGCAGCGUCGUGCGCAGCUUGCUCUGCGUCAUACGCGUGAUGGAGGAGAGUGUACUCCGCAAAGUCCUUGUCAUAUUGGUGUUGCACGCGAGCCCAGCGAUCAGGGUCGUCGGUGUAGACCAGUGGAGAGGGCUUGGUGGGGGCCGGUCCCGAGGGGGCCGGGGGUGGGGCGGGAGGUGCAGGGGAGACAUCAGCGGGACAUUCGGGGGGCUGCCCUGCGUCAUUGCCAAGGAGAAUGUCAAGGAGGCAGUAGUCGUUGAUGAUAGCGGAUCCGAGGACAUUGGUAAGGCUCUGGGCAAAGGUAGCCCAGUUGACAGGGACGGCGUCGUCGAUGAGCUCGAGGACGUCGAUGGUGGAGAUGUCGACGGCGAGUGUUUCGGUGGUCAUGUGGGGUGCUUAUAAGUUCCUAAGACAAUGAAACGAUGUAGGCUAAUAGAAUGAAGGGAGAAUA